AUGAUGAGCCACCAGCAGACUCAAGAUGAUGACCCACCAGCACACUCAGUAGAAACUAUUGCACAAUGGCCUGAUGAGUCCUCUAAUGAGAAGUUGGAUAGAGAUGAUGAGCCACCAGCACACUUAGUAGAAACUAAAGCACAAUGGCAUGAUGAGCCCUCUCAUGAGAAGUUGGAUAGAGAUGAUGACCCACCAGCAGACUCAGUAGAAACGCCCUCUAAUGAGAAGUUGGAUGGAGAUGAUGAGCCACCAGCACACUCAGUAGAAACUAUUGCACAAUGGCCUGAUGAUCCCUCUAAUGAGAAGUUGGAUGGAGAUGAUGAGCCACCAGCAGACUCAGUAGAAACUAUUGCACAAUGGCAUGAUGAGCCCUCUCAUGAGAAGUUGGAUAGAGAUGAUGAGCCACCAGCACACUCAGUAGAAACUAAAGCACAAUGGCCUGAUGAGCCCUCCAAUGAGAAGUUGGAUGGAGAUAAUGAGCCACCAGCAGCCUCAGUAGAAACUAUUGCACAAUGGCCUGAUGAGCCCUCUAAUGAGAAGUUGGAUAGAGAUGAUGAGCCACCAGCACACUCAGUACAAACUAUUGCACAAUGGCCUGAUGAGACCUUGUAA